AUUCUUUUAGCAUUACUACCAGUGGCUCUCGCCCAAUGCCCGAACAUGUGCAGUGGUCACGGUGACUGCGGUGCCGAGAACGUCUGUAGCUGCUUUGACGGCUUUGAUUAUGCUCCGGACUGUUCGCUACGCACAUGCUCCAAGGGCAUUGCCUGGGCCGAUAAAGCUUAUGCGGUUGAUCUCGCACACUCUAUGGCGGAGUGUUCAAAUGCCGGUCUGUGCAAUCGCGAUACGGGCAAGUGUGAGUGCUUUGACGGCUACACUGGGCUCGCCUGCCAACGAUCGGCUUGCCCAAACGACUGCAAUGCAAACGGGAUGUGCUUGACUCUGAGUCGACUCGGCCAGCUCUAUGGCGUCGACUAUGACCACCCGAGCGUCGGUGGUGACGGCGUUGGACCGAGCUACGGAAAUUGGGACAAAGACUCAGUCACCAGCUGCUUUUGCGACCCUGGCUUCAGUGGCCCCGACUGUUCCCGGAGCGCCGACGAUGUGACAGAGUAUGAGUACUGUGGACGCCGUGGACAAUGUGACUUUACUUCGGGCACGUGCUACUGUAUUGAUGGCUACGAAGGUUCCACUUGU